AUGGCGACGACGGCCCGCUACUGGUUCUGGCUGGCGGCUGCUGUGCUGUUCCGGGUGGCGCUGAUCGGCUUCUCUGGGAGCCUCAAGCUGGACACCCGCCCUGAGGUGGCGACGCCUCUUACCAGCAUCCGCCGGCGUAGGGCCUUCUGCCAUUGUUACCCCUCGCUAGUGAUCUUUCGUGUAUUUUUUGUGUUGCCAUUAAUUCGAGGAUCUUGUGAUUGUGGUGUACAGUGGCGGAAGGUUACUGGUUGAAGAAGUUGGGGAUGUCCCCGUAUUCAGGUUCGAUCUCGUCUUUGUCCAUCUGCUUCGGCUCUCUCCUGUUAAUUGGGAUAGGAUUGCUUGCGCCAUCGUUCGUCAUUUUUUCUCCUUUAUAAUAUCUUAUAAAUUAGUCAAAAAGCGUUCGCGUAUCAGGCUUAAGGUCCCAUUCCCUUUGUGGCACGUGAACUGAUCCGUAUGGUGACUUCUCUCCCCGUUAGAAAAAAUAGUCAAUUCCAUAGGUUUGUUAUUCUUUAAGGUCGUUGCAUGGAUUUCAGAAGCUCCCUGAUGGAGUAACUUUGUGUCGUCAUUCAUAGUUUGUGUCCCCAACUUCUACCCAUUGUCGCUCUAACGAGGCACUCGGACAUUUUGGAUCCAUCAUUUCAGAUGGGUGCUUGACAACCGUGUUUUUAUGUCUUUGCGUUCCGUUUUGAUUGGUGGGACGUCUUUCACGUCAGUUAUUCGGAUCUUCUUCUUAUUACACUUCUUCUAGUAAGUUCAACAUCGUAUGUGGAUAGAAUUUUGGCCAGAGAUUACUUUUUGCAAUGAUAAGUCAAACAGACAAAAGAAAUGGAGUUGAAGAUAUACUGUGUAUGACAUAAUGAGCGGAUGAAGAUAUUACUCUAGUCUAUGGUUUUUAAAAAUGGGCAGCACAGAUCGGAUCUGGAAAAAUUGGAUCAUAAUUUACCAGAACAAGUCCAGUGCUUAGCAAUUUGGACUUGGAACUGCUGUUACCGUUGACCCCCGUCUCCACCCGGGAUAGAAAUGAGCUUUACCAUUAUUGAACUGGUUUUUGCGCAAAAUAAGCUUGUUUGCUUGCUCUAUUUUGAAGCCUCCUUAUCUGGACAGAACGUUCCUUUUGCAAUGCAAGGCCGUUCUUUCAGACAAGGAUCAGUUCGUUUCAUUAUGUUCUACGAUUUUGUUUAUUUGGAAAAGACAGUCGAUCCGGAAAAAAGACUGAGGAACCUUCUGAACAAGGCAACAACCGACAGUGGGUUCAUACAUGGGACCGAAAGAAGCGAAAGAUGCAAAACUACUCUUUUCUAUGGAGUUGUUCCGUUAAUGAACUUUUCAUUAAUUUGCAGUUUAAGGAAAAAACCUCAAAAAAAGAAACAAUAUUUGCUACAUUGAGAGUUUGAGAUCCCAAAUGCACGACCACUCGCAAUGAUGCGUUAUAGUUUUCAAUGUUUGAAGGGUUGAAGCUUCCUCUGCUUGUGAACAAUCUCCCUGGCCUACUGUGCUUGUUAUCUCUUCUUCCCACUCACACUUAUUUUUCAUUUCACGAUUGUCACCAUUUGCAAUAUUCAUACAUGGCUGUUUUCUGUCCCUUGAAUUAUCUUAUUAUUAGGGGAUGGAUGUAGCAUGCUAUCUGCUGCUAUAGGACCGAAUUUUUGAAUUUUCUGUUCAUUCCAUUUGCUGGCUCUUCAGCUCUGGUGGAUGAGGAGCUAUCAGUUGAUACUUACCUCAAAGAAAGUGCUCAAAGUCUCAGCUUUCCAUUUAUCAGUUGCACAUCUAUUGAUAUCUUCAUGCUGUAAUACGUUUUUUUCUUUAGCUCAUUCCAACCUACUUUCUCAGUUAUAGACCUGCUUUUAUUUUAUAUGAUGAUAGCAUCUCCUCUGCUACUUAUUUUCAGGCUCUAUGUAUCAUGGCUCACCUCUUUUAUUGGCAAUUCUGGGGCCUCUGACUGCUAAAAGGUAAUGCUCUCAAGUGAUCGAUGUAUGUCUUUAUAUAUGUUUGCAUGCACUUUCCAUGGUUAUGAUGUCAUAUCUACUUUGUACCGGGAAAUAUUGACUGGACUAUUUUAUUUGGUACAGGACUGAAGGUCGAUCAGAUUAUCUAUUUUGUGGGUAAUAACAGAUUUGCCUUCAUUUAUUCUAUCCUAGACCCAUUGUUGAUUUGCGUUAUGUAAAUCAGAAAUUUCUGACAUAAGAAUACCUUGCACCGAGAGGCCUCCUGGUUCCAAUUUUUGUCUUUCUUUCAUUUUAUUAAUUUCUCUAGAAACCUUCUGUCCAUUCAUGUUUCUGAACUUAUUUUAUGGAUGUCUCAUUGAUAUAAUUAUGUUCUGGUACACAGAAUGAUAUUUGUAAUGGCAGAUUUUGUCACUGCUAUGCUUCUCCGUUCAACUGGUAGGAAACUUCAAUCGGGUUACAAGCAAUUUUUAAGAUCCGCAAAACAUCCAAAUCUGUUAGAGGCUUCAAGUAAGUCGUAAACGGGGAUGAAUUCUCAUUUGUAUAUCAUGUUAUUGUCAAAUUGGCAAACAUGUACUGAUGAAAAUGUAUUGUGAUGCUGCAUUAGCUUCCUUUGCAGAAAUGCUUUCUUAGAUUUGUCUCUCUCUCUCUGUUAGUUUGAUAUCUUUUUUCUCCGUGUUGGAGACAGAUGACCAUUUAUACCGUUUAGAAGAUUAGAAUUUGGAAUUUCUAUGAUACAAUACAUUGUACUUAUUUUAUUUUCUAAUUCCUAUGUGUUGAAUCAUAUGUCAUUUAGAGGAAUCUUGAUGAACUAAAUGAUUUUAUGCUACAAUAUAAUAUUCAACCGAUGUUAUUCAUUGCAGUGUGAUAUCAUUUGUGCUGCUUACAGGGAAUGUGGAUGCUGGUGAAGUAGCUUCGCUCAUUUUUCUUUGGAAUCCUAUGGGAAUACUUGCUUCUGUAGGGAUGUCAACGUCAGCAAUUGACAAUUUGAUGGUCAUCAUUUCCCUGUACGGAGCAUGCUCACGUAAGAUAUAAAUAACUUUUCUUGAUCCAAUUCAGUUUACAUUGAUGUAUAUCCGUCAAUCAUAUUUUCCUUUCUGAAGUGGUAAUGUGUCUACGAUGAAUUCCUUUUACUAUGUUAAUGAAAUAUUGCUAAGCAUCAAUAUUUUUCUGAAAUGGUAAUCAUAUUUUUCUUGUUAAGCAUCAAUAGAAAUAUUUCUUUGCCUUGAUCUAAAGCUCCAUUAGAAGCUUAAAUGUAAGAAAGUACCCUUCAUCGUUUCGCAGCAAAGUUUCUGACAGAGCAAUGGGUUUGCGGAUUCACUCUGAUGGUUGAGUUCCUAGUGAAAGGUGGCAGGAACAAGCAGAUCUUUAGCUGGCUACUACACUGCAUCCGGCCUCAGGAGUAAAAGAGUUUAAUUAUUACAGAACUACAGCAAAUACGGGAUGAGGCAACGGUUCCAUAGAUUGUUAUUCAUAGCUUAUAGGAAGCUAGCCUUCGUAAAUCCCGUGGCAGACAAUUGACUGGAUGGAUCGAAGGCAAAAUCCAGUCAUCUUAUCGGUCGAUAUCCGCCUUACUGUUGUGACAAUGAAUCCCUAAGGAGUUUAAUCAAAAUGUCACAUCUUUGUCUGCAUCAGCAUCCUCCAAACUGACAUUAGUCAAACUAUUCGGUUUUGGGAGGAAUGCUGGUUCACAGAUGAAACGAAAAGAUAUUAAAAUUGAGCAGAUUGUAUGAUUUAUCGUCUGAUGGGGAAUGACCUGUGUAUCAUAUCAGACAACAAGCUGAAGGUGCGUUUCAUCGUAGAAGAAAUAGUACUAUCUUGAGAACUGAAAAUCCAGUAAUGAUGCAGUAAUUGUUCUUCCAAAAUCACUCUCCAUUUAACUUAAGACAACGGAAUCCUAAAAUGGGAAAUACAGGGUAUAUUUACGCUGAAACAUUUUAGUAAAUGCAUUUUGGUGAGAUUUCAAGUGGAAAUUGUGUGGUUUAACCUGUAAAAUCAUUGGAAUCCUUUUCUAAAGUGUCUGUGAAUAAAGGCCAUUUAAUGAUUGAGCUGGGUUCCAAAAACUUGUGGAGCAUCUAUCCAUAAAAUGCAAUGUUGUUUGCAUAAGCUGGAAAAUAAUUUUCAAAUUUUUCCUAUUAUAUGGCAGGUACUGUGGAAACUUGUCUCAUGUUAUGCACUGGGGAAGCUGUCACUCGAAAUUUGAGAGAUCAGUGGACCAUCCCAUUACCAUUAAUGCGAUUAAUUAUUUGAGAGGAAAGGAAUCAAAGUUGGUUCAUGAGAGGAAACCAUUUUGGUUUUUCCCCGAUCUAAUAACUUUCCUUGAUGACUGGCCAUUGGUAAUGGAGAAAAGGAAGUGCAAUGUAUCAUCUGUAAUCAACAAUACAUCAAGGGAUCAAAAGCCUACAUAAUCUCAAUGGCUAGAGAGAUCUCAAGGAUUUGAUAUAUUAUUUUUUUCUCACAUAUGGUUUUGAGCAUAUUGUACCUAUGCAUUGUUGUUAUUUUAUGCCAUUCGUCAGGAUUUGGGAGUAUAUGCAUGUCCUGUACAUUAAUUAACUGUUUGUGGUGGUGAAUUGCAAGCCAUCCCGCCUUGAAAAUUGUUUGUGCAUUUACUCUGAAUUUCGUUGUUAAACAUUUUUCAGGUUUGGUUCCGUUGUCUGCCUUUGGAUGGGCCAUUGCAACUCACUUAUCUCUUUACCCAGUAAUUCUAAUUAUACCAGUACGUCCUUUGCUCUUAUCUUAUUUAAUUGGAACGAAAGCAUUGGUUCCUAAGGUCUGCUGCAGUACGCUAUUGCUUUUCUAAAAGAAAUUCUCUUUCAGGUAAUUCUUUUAUUAGGAUAUGGCCCUGAUGCACCGCCAAAGAAAUUGCAUCUUCUGAAGAACCUCCAAGUUUCCCGGUUUUCAUGGCGCCCGGUUAUGACAUUCAUACUAUGGGCAUUCAUCUGGUCAGCUUACGUACUAGCUUUAAGUAGCAUUUCACUAGGAAAAUUUGGUGGUCUUACAGAAAUGUUUAAGAAGUAAGAUCCUUGCUUCAGUUUCAGCUUUUCUGUUGUUGCCAUUAUGUAUUUUUCUUGUGCAUAUUUACUGAGGGCACCGUAAUAAUUGUAUUGUUAAAUUGUUGUUAAGAGAUGCAAUGUACCUUUUUGUUUUAUCUUUUAGCAAUUAACAACUGCCACGCCUCUGUGCCCUAGUGUUAGCCACUAUAAAAACUAUUUUAUGUUUGUAUGUGCACUAUUUUUUUACUUGCUUGAAUACCAAAAUGUGGCCGAGGUACAAUAUUUCCAAUUUCAGCUGCUAGUUUUUUGAGUACCGAUGUAAUGUCUUGGUCAUUGUCAACUGCACUUUCGCAAAUAUUAACUCUGUCAAGUCAUGUGGGGUAGUAUCAUUGUUUUAUAAAAUUGCAUCUUCUUAUGGAGGUACUUUUUUUAAUUCGUUCAUGAAAAUUCAGAAAAGUGGAUUCGAUCAAAUCCCACUUGAAUUGUGUACAGCACAAGUCUCAGUUUAUCUUAUAGUAUGCUGUUUUCAACUGUAGAGAAUAGGCAGUCACUCAUUCUAUGCUUCAAGUCAAUAUUCAAUACAUCAAAUCAUCUUGAAUCUCGUAGAAGGAUUGAUGUUUUCUUUCAAAGUUUGCGGGUUUCAUGUUGGACUGGGUGAAAAUCGUUUGCUAGUUAUAGAGUGGAAAUUUCUUAGACAUGAAAUGAGAGCAAAAUUUCACUGGGAUGGGUUCAUGUAGAUAGUGUCACUGCUUUCUGCAAAUCUCCUUGGGGCACCAGAAGAGAAACUGUAAUGAAUUUAUGAUGUAUGAGAUGUAUGAGCUUAUAUUUGUACACCUCUUUGGGGAGGAGCAAUCAGUGAUAGUAAGCUAGAAAGAAUGUUUUUCGAGUUAGUAGAAGACUUGUUCUUUUUCUGUUCCUAUGCAUGAUUGACUACUUCGUUGGGCAUUUUCAUAGAAUAUUUCAUUCAUACUGAAAUUAUUGUUACUUUUGGUGUAACAUUGAUUAUUUUAACUGAAACCAACUUACUGUGAUUCUUGUUUUUUCUUUCCUCUGUAUUCUGUGCGCUUUUAUAAUGAUUCAUUAUUUGAUGUCGCUUCGUUAAUUUGCUUUCCAUUUGUCUGGCUUUUUGCAGAACAUACGGAUUUAUUCUAACCGUGGAGGAUUUAUCCCCCAAUAUAGGUGUACUAUGGUGAGCUCAUGGAGGACACUUUCCUCUUAAUUGACGACUAUUACUUCUUCUGUGCCAUCCGCUCAUGCAAAAAGAAUCAAACAUGAUUAACUUUUUGUUUGUUUACUAAUGAACAGAUGGAAUCAACUUUUGGUUUCCUGUUAUUAUUCUUAAAACCAAUAUUUGAAUUAAUUCACAAGGUCCAUCUUUUAUGUUUGCUCACGUAUCUCAUGAUGUAUUGCAGGUACUUCUUUGCAGAGGUCUUUGAAAUUUUCAGGGGUUUCUUUCUGAUAGUUUUUAAUAUAAAUAUUCUCUUCAUGCUAUUGCCACUGGCCAUACGUCUGAGUCAUCGUCCAUGCUUUCUUGCAUUCGUAUAUGUCGCCAUCUCUUCAAUGCUCAAGUCAUAUCCUUCGGUAAGAUUUUACAUUUCAUUUGAUAUCAAUCUAUUGUUGAUCAGAUUAGAUUUUUAAUGUACUGCGAAUGAGCUUUAAUAUUUGGAAACAAGGUUUUCCAUGAACUUUCAUUUCUAUUCCAUUCUUAAUAUUUUUAAUACUUUUAGCCUAUUUUUGUGUUAUUUUAAAAGUCGUAUCCUCUUAUAUGGCCUUGAUCUGAAUUUCGUGUCCUCUUUUCUGUGGUUUACAUUUGCCAUCUUCAUUAUUUUAUGUCGAGUCAAACUAUGAUUUAUCUAAUGACUACUUAUAUAUAUCCUACCAAUGCAUAUAUAUCCCCUGAAAUUUUGCCGCUUGUAAUUUGUGGCUCAGUUAGUUCACACAAUUCUCGUAUGAAAAAUUUAUCAUACCCUUUAUCUGGAACUGGGGAUGUAGAUGGCAACUUAGAAUCCUAUACUCCAUUAUUUUCGGAGCUCACACCAUGUGGAUAAUGCUUCAAAUAUUUGAAUGUUUUGAAUGAGAAUAAUAUGUUUGCUCAAAGAUUUAACUGAAUUUAUGUUCAUUAAUUUUUUUAUAUGUUGAUAAAGCAGUUUAUUGUGCAGAUUCUUCCAGAAAGCAUAUUAUGUAUGCUUAUCGAUAUCUUAUUUGGUUAAAAAUGGAAAUAAAAUUAUAUGUUUCAUAAAAUACAGACGAAAAGCUUUUAUAAACGGCAAUGAAAUUUUACGUUUAGAGUUCUGGGCACAGGACAGCAGGCAACUAGUGGUUGAUGGAUGAUCGACAGCAGCUAGUGAGUGGGCUUUCCUUUUAAGUGGCUUAUUUUGACUCGUAAUGUUGCCACGAAGGAUCCUUUUGCAACGCAACUGAUGUUCGUUCUAUGAUAGAAUUAUUCCUAGAAGUGCAAAUCAUGCGGUUUCUUCAAGGAUUCUUUCUACUCGAUUUGGAUUUACCUGUAAAUAUUAUAAUUAAGCUCAAUUAACAUCACUGUUACAUCUUUUGAUUCAAAGGUUGGGGAUUCUGCUCUAUACUUGGGUCUUCUGGCCUUGUUCAUUAACGAGCUUCAAGGUAAAUGAUUUGAUUUUAUUUUUUUGAAAAAAAUCAAUCCAUCACAAGCCCAGUUCUUUCUAGUGUCGCCUGUUCUUGGUUGACCACACUCCAUUCUGAUGAUGAAAAUGUUCUUGGCUCAUCCACAGAGCUCCGUUUUUCCUUCUUGAUUUUCUGUGGGUACAUUGGAGUCUCCUUUCUCAGCCCUGUCAUGCACAAUCUAUGGAUAUGGAGGGUAACUUCCUAUAUCUCCCCCCUGUUUGACUCUUCCCCCAUCACUAGCUCCUUCUAAACUAAUCUGAUGGAAUGUCUUCACAGGGCACUGGCAAUGCCAACUUCUACUUUGCGACCGGCAUUGCAUAUGCAUGCCUGCAGGUUGAAAAAAAAAAGAAAAUCUUGAUUUUUUUUUUGCUAUAAAUGGUAUAUGAAUCUAUAUGCCGUAUCUUCUGGUUUUACCUUCUGAAUGGUUUCUGAUCCUCUCCCUGCAGACGCUCCUGGUUGUUGAGAGCGUGAAUGGAAUCCUGAAUCACGACAGAACGCUGAGAAAACGAUUGGUUGCAGGAUGA